AUGGGCAGCAUGAACGAGGCCCUGGCUCAGGACAAAGCUGCCCUCAACACCUACAUCCUCCAGCUCGAGGAGGAGAAGUCUCUCCUGCAGGCUCAGAAACGCGAGGUGGAGCAGGAGAAGCUGACCAUCAGGGACGAACUAGUCCGGUUGGAGCAGGACCGGCUGGAGCUGGACUCUGCUCGCAUCGUGCUGCAGCAGUCGCUGCAGGAGGCUGAGCUGAGCCGAGAAGGGCUGGAAGCAGAGCUGCAGGGUCUCAGAGCUGAGAGGCUGAAGCUGCAGGAGAGAGUCACUCAGCUUUGUGGUGAGGUGACUUCUCUGAACUCAGAGUUAAGUUUGGCUCGAGGAGAGGUUCAGAGGAGCGAGGCGGCCCUGGAGGAGGCCAGCCGCAGUCGGGCAGAACUGUCCAGAGACAAAGCGGCGCUGCUGGUUCAGCUGGCGGCGUCUGAGAGAGAAAACGCAGCGUUGUCGGAGGAGGUGGCUGCUUUCAGGUCCGAGCGGGAGUCCCUGGAAACGAGUGUUUUUGACGUGCAGCAGCAGCUCGCUCAGGUGGAGUCCCGCAGGGAGCAGCUGGAGAUGGAGAACCAAAACCUUCGAGUCCGCUGUGAGACCGCUGCAGCUGAGCUGAAGAGAGUUCGCUCAGAUGGUGAGACCGCAGCAGCUCAGGCUGACAGAGACAAACAGGCCUUGAUUCAGAUUCUGAACGCUGCACAGCUGGAGGCCCAGCAGGCUCUACAGAAGGCCAUCUCCGAGCACCAGGAGGAGAUGGAGCGACUGCUGUCAGAGAAGGAAGUUGUACGCCACAGCUUGGAGAUGGAGCAGGAAGCGGCUUUGAGGAAGUUCAGGCAGGAGAUGGAGGAUCAGUUCCACAGAGCCAAGAGGGAAAAAGAGGAGCUGGAGGAGGAGCUGAGGACUCUGCAGCACAAUCGAGACCAGUGUUUGCUGCAGGCUGAGGCAGAGAAACAGCAGGCUCUUUCACUGAAAGAGGUAGAGAAGGCGGUUUUGUCUGACAGAGUGUCCGGUCUGCAGACUGAGCUGUCAGCUGUGACACUGGAGGCCGAGCGGACGGCUAGAGAAGCUGCUCAUUACAAAGAGCAGGAACAGGUCAGAGUCGGAGCUUUGACCAGCGAGCUGUCGGAGCUUCGUUCUCAGCUGGACCAUGCAGCUUCCGCUCAACACAGGGAACUCCAGAGUUUACAGGAAACUUGCUCCGAUCUCCGAUCACGUGCUGAAGUUGCUCUCAAAGAGCUUAAUUUCGCCUGGAUGACGCAGCACCAUCCAUGCAUCCAUCGCGGCUGGAGCCCCUAG